CUGCAAUGUCUCGCUCACUCAGCCCCGUCUUUAAAUUAGCCAGCCUAUCCCGGCAACAAAUCUCAUCGCCAUCAUCCCUAGCUGCACUGCGCAGGGCACCAACAAGUCUAAGAAUGAGUUCCACCGCAGCAACAGCAGCAGCACCCCAAGCACAAUCCAACUACAAGAUUGUCGAGAAGGUGGAAAACUUCGAAAAAACGCAAGCCAGCCGGCCAGACUUCAACCACUCGGCGCCCAUCGAGGUGACCAAAUCGCCCGAUCCAAAGUGGCAAUAUGGCGACGGCGUGAACGACCAGAACGCAAGUCUCAACAAAACCCAUCGCCAGAUCGAUCCCUACGCGCCAGACCGCGCGACGGUGCAUAACUACCGCCUGCUCAUCUCAGGCGUUGCACCUCGCCCGGUGGGGUUCCUGAGCACCGUGUCCGGCGACGGCAAGACCAAGAACCUCUCCCCCUUCAGCUACUUCCAAGUAAUAGACCACGACCCGCCGAUGUUCAUUGUCGGGUUCUCGUCGCGCCCGGGCCGCGUCAAGGACACGUACCGCAAUCUGAAAGAGACAGGCGAGUGCGUGAUCAACACGGUAUCAGAGAAGAUGAUCGAGGCCGUGAACGCGUCGUCGAUCGAUGCGCCGUACGGGGUGUCGGAAUGGGACGUGUCGGGACUUCACGAAGCGCCCUCGUCGACCGUCAAGGCGUCGCGGGUCCAGGAGUCCGUGUUCUCAGUCGAGGGCAAGGUGGUGGAUAUCAAGGAGUUCGAAGACCACGUGCAGCCCGGGAUGAGCAUUGCCUCGUUGGUGCUGAUCAAGGCGACGAGGUUCUGGGUGCAGGAAGACGCGGUCAACGAGGAGGGCAGUCAUAUUGAUCUGGAGAAGCUGCGUCCGCUGGGCCAGUUGGGCGGGAUGUCGUAUGGCCGGGUCUCAUCGACGUUUGAGCUGCCGCGGAAGCGGUGGCAGGAUGAUCAGCCGAAUAGCGAGCUGUUGACGAGGUUGGAGGCAUCUAAGCCUGAGUAGAUCGAUAUCUGAUACUUCCUAGAGCAUGCACGG